GUUAUCUUCAAAGUUCGUGAGGUCAAUACCACUCAGAAUCCGACUCUUGUCGUGCCCUUUGCCACAAUUGCAUAAGCUCUACUUUUUUUUCACACAGACACCAGUCAAAUCUAGAACACCGAAAGAAAAUGGCAAGCCUGGCAGGGUCAGACCCAAAUAAACUGAAUCAACCGAUCGGGCCUCCGGUUCAGACAGCCUCAGCACCCUCCCCUAGCCGAAUAACACUAAAAGGCAAAACCGUGACAUUACGACCACUGCAACCCGAACAUGCUGCCCCUCUCUAUAGAGCUAUUGGAGGCGAAGACAACUAUCAAACCUGGACCUACAUACCGGACGGACCAUUUGAAUCAAUUAAAGCCUUUGAGGCAUCAAUAGCGACCAAAGCCAAAUCUCCAGAUCCACUCUUCUUCACUGCUUUCGACAAUACACACGAUCGCCCAAUCGGUCACGUUGCCCUCAUGCGAAUCGACACCAAGUUUCGAUCCAUCGAGGUUGGCAACAUCAUCUAUUCGCCGUCCGUACAGCGCUCAACCAUCACAACGGAGACCAUCUAUCUUCUUGCAAAGUAUGUCUUUGAUGAUCUCGGCUACCGCAGAUUCGAAUGGAAGUGUGACAACCUCAACGGCCCAUCCAAGCGAGCAGCUGUUCGCUUUGGAUUUUCUUUUGAAGGCAUAUUUCGGCAACACAUGAUCUAUAAGAACAGGAAUCGUGAUACUGCUUGGUUUUCCAUCAUCGACUCUGAAUGGCCUGUCGUGCAGAACGCGUUCGAAGCAUGGCUACAUGAUUCAAAUUUCUACGCUAGUGGAGCUCAGAAACAAAGGCUGGAGGACCUGAGGAAGUCACUGCCUAACUCGAAAGGACCAGUAGCUCUACAGCUGUAGUUGGGUUGUAUUACCUCAAGGUUAGAAGGCCGGAGCGAUGAUAAGAUCAUUUCAUGUCCUGUAGAACAACAAUGACGCCGAUUGUGUACAGAAUUGAGCAUGUACGUUACUGUUGCUAUACAAAGUGAAUGGAGAAUGGCGAUUAUAAC